UAGGGGCGAGCUUCCUCACCUGUCUCACCUUACCUGUUCAAACAAACGGCUCCGUUCGAAACUCUACCCCAACCGAAUUCCACCAGGAAACCAACCGCAAAUGAUAGUUAGAAAAGAAAAGGUGGUCUAAACAAAGUAUUUGUUAGGCCUAUCUCCAAGCCAAUUUAGAGCCAUGGAGCCGACGUACCGCGGUCUAGGGCGCUGUUCCUGCGCCUUUUGGUUGGCAGUGUCCUUCGACAUAUUCGGGCUGCUCGUUCUUUUGAUCGGUGUUUUUGCGGACAUAUUCUUCUAUGACUUUUUAAUCUACGCCGGGGCCAUCAUCAUCUUCCUCAGCCUCGUCUGGUGGGUGUUCUGGUACACGGGCAACAUCGAGGUCCCCCCGGAGGAGCUGGAGGAUGACGUCGGGCUCUUGAAGAAGGAGCGGGGCAUCGCAGGUGCGGUGAGGCGGUUAUCCAGCCGUCUCUCCAACAGUGUCAGGAACUCUCUGCGGUGGAAUGGAGGCCCCCCCCGCGGGGUCGCGAGAAGGACAGGGACCGGGCUGUCUACGACGCACAUGAGGGAUGCCCAACAGCAACCGAAGCCCCCGCCUGUCGUAUUGACGAUGGGGCCGCUUUAUGAGGACAUGCACAUGGUGUCUGCAUCCGUGGACACUGACAUACCUGUCCCACACACAGCUACAGAGACCUCGGCCAUAUGAUGCGCAAUGCGCACAAGGUUAGCCUAUUAUUUCCAAUCGGUCAUUAAGCCAUUUAGGCUAUAGCCUAGGGAUACAUUUUGUUAUUGGAUAGGCCUAAUUUUCAUUAAACAUGUGCAUAGAUUAUAGGUUUUAUAGGCCAACUUCAUUCUAGGCUAUUGUUUUUGCUUGAUAAUAGCCCACAACUUUGAUCCACAAUUCAGUAGGCUAUAAUGUUCCUUAUAAUACAAUUAAAUGACAAUGUGUUUCAGUGAAUGAGGAAAGAAACUGUGUGAUCUAAUGGAAACAGACUUCCUUUAUCUUUCUGUUAACCAUUAACGUCAUUGAAUGGCAGUGCACGCCUAAAGACAAGCCCUGUUCCAACAAUAAAACUGUUUCUGAGAGGGCGAAAUAGAGCUGCUGCUACAUGAAACAAAGAAACGUAGGUUGACCAGGAAUUGUCUAUCUUAGGAGUUAGGACACAUUUUUGACAUCGAUCUAAACUGAUGUAAGCUACAGUAUGACUGUAUGUUGCAACUAUGACAUCAUGAGGUGACCAUAUAUUUUGUCCAACAGAAGUUAGAGGCUUGGCAGCACUGAACCCCAUAAGGACAUUUCACUUGUCCAUCUCACAAUGUUUACAAGUACAUUUCGUUUUUAAUAUUGUCCUAUGAGCUUUUUUCUUUGAAACAUUAUGCUCCUCAGUGAGGACUUUUUGUUUGUUUUAUAUUAAUUUUGUGAAUACUUUGUGGAUAAUUGAUGCAAUACUUUGAUAACACAGAGAUUUUUUCUAGCAAAUAUGUCAGACUUAAAUUUUUAGGUCUAAGUGCUACUGAGAAGGUGCUUGUGAACUUGACCUGGCACCUGUAUUCUACAUACCCGUCCACAGUGGUGAUAAGCAAUAUAGCACAUUAACGACCUUUGUACCCUAUGGAUUUCCCUACCAUUAUUUAUACAGACAUUACUUUUGUAUGUCCAUAUGGCUGCCUCAUCAUGCUUUAUGAUUCCGAAGGUGAAAACAAAACCUUUUACCUGUUUGUAUUUCCAACUGACAAUUCUCAGAUUUUUGCCAAACACAGUACCUACACAUUGACUAGAAUAACAUAUGAGUGUUACUGUGUGGAAUGACAACACUUUGAUUAUCUAAAAUAGGGUAGCUUAGACCUUGACACCUUGUUACUCCACACAAUAAAGUAUGGGAGCGGUGUACUGUACUAUGUUU